GCAAGGGGGUCUCUUGUCCUUCUAGCCCUGCAGCUUGGGUGCCAGAGCCCUGCUAGCUGUGACCCCCAGCCCAUGCUGCCCUCACAGAGGAGGCUGGGAAGGGCGGGGACAGGGCGGGGUCACCGAGUCAUAGUAGGGCCCCCCUUUAUAUACAAGCUCCCCGGGAGCCUCACAGACCAGACCAACACUAACACCAAGGGCAGGUGGGCAGGCCUCAGCCCUCCUCCCCCACCCCAGGGCCCACUGCAGCCUCAGCCCAGGAGCCACCGGAUCUCCCAACACCAUGGUCCGAUGCCGCUUGAGGAGCCCGAGCGAACGCCCACACGAGGAGUUCAGGCAGCUGGUGAACGGGCAGGAGCAAGGACGUAAUGCCCAAGAAGAGCAGGGGCUGAGCCCAGAAGGCGUUGAGGCCUACGGGAGGACCCACCGAGUCUGCUAUCGCUACAGGCGCAGGCGCUGCUCUCGCAGACGGCUGUACCGGAUUCACAGAAGACGGCGUCGCUCCUGCAGAAGGCGCAGAAGACGUUGCUGCCGAUACCGGAGGCGGUAUCGCAGAGGCUGCAAAUCCAGGAGGAGGAGAAGAUGCAGAAGGUACUAAGCUUCCUGGGCCCCUCGCCCCCUCCUGGAAGUUAAAAGUCACCUGCCCAAGAAACACCAAGUGAGGCCAUAGCAACACCCCUACAUCAAAUGCUCAAGCCCUGAAUUGCUGCUGAGAAGCUCACAAGAUCUGAGUGAAAUAUGCCCAAGUCACCUGCCCAAUAAAGCUUGACAAGAUACUCGCUGGCC